GUGAAUAUCCGGUAAUCAAUUAGGCCAGGAAAAUAUUUAUACGUGGCCGUAUCGGUACAUCGGGGGAUUUGGAGAUAGGCGAAAACAACAGAAGGUCAUCCUGCAAGGCAGCCCUACAGAAAGAAAUCUACUAAGUAUCAAGGGUGCCAUAAUUAAUCCCCAAUAUGGUCAAUUUACACAAAGGUCACAAACGCAAGGAGGGAACGGAUGUUGGGAAAAUCAUUCAUCAGAUGAAGCACACAUCGGUUGUAAAAAGCAUUAUGAUGUCCUCAUUAACUGCAGUGAUCACCCUCGUCCUGGCGUUUGCUAUUUUUAACUAUAUGGAAACCGGUGUUCCCGAGGGAGUUCCGGAAGUCUGGAAUGCUCGGAUUUUAGAUACAUCACUUCGGACAAUGGGGAAAGUUAUCUUGACCUUGAACAAUCUUGGAGUUCAUGGUGGAGUCACGUGGUGGACAAGAAAAAUGGUGGAGAUCAUGCUGACCACUCUCAUAACCGGAAGUCCUCGAGGUCUUGGUGACGACCCGGAACUAAAGAUAUAUGAUACAAAGAUGGCUGGUGUUGACGUCAGAGUUUAUGAACCAACCAGUGGACAGAAAACCAAUCGUCCAGCACUGGUUUACUACCAUGGGGGUGGAUGGUCCUGGCUUUCUAUUGAUGUUUAUGACCAGGCUACAAGACAGCUGGCUAAAGGGGCUGGAAUUGUCGUUGUGUCCGUAGGGUAUCGUCAGUCACCGGAAUAUGCCCAUCCAAUUCCUUUCCAAGAUUGCCUCGAUGUCACUGAGCAUGUGAUUAAUAAUGGAAAAGACCUAGGUAUUGAUAGUUCGCGAAUUGCAGUAUCUGGGGAUAGUGCAGGUGGUCAUUUAUCGGCUGCCGUAUCACUACGCUUAAAGAAGAAGAUAAAAAUCCAGAUUCCCAUUUACCCAUGUCUGCAAUUGUUUGAUAUGCAAACGCCAUCCUAUAUAGAAAACAAGGACUAUAUUCCAGGAAUGUUAACAGACAUAUCGAUGUUGACCUAUUGGCUGAACUAUGCGAACAUCAGCUAUGACCAUAUUGACACAAUAAUGGCUAAUAAGCAUACUUCACCAGCCUUGAAAAAAUCUAAGUACGCUGACUACGUUUCGCCAAAGUGGUACAUGAAUGAACACAUCAGGACCGAGUCACUUCGUAAUAUGAAGAAACCCGCUGAUUUCGGGGACGAGAAACUUUCAAAAGAAAUAGAAAAGACUCUGCUUGAUCCAUAUUUCUCCCCCCUUAUGGCGGAUGAUGCAGAUUUGAAAGAUCUACCUUUCACCUACGUUUUAACGGCAGGAUAUGACGUAUUACGUGAGGACGGUUUAAUAUAUUAUCAAAGAUUAAAAAAGGCGGGUGUUAAAGUCCAUUUAGCUCAUUAUCAGGAAGGAUUUCAUGGAAUGAUAUUUUUCUUUAAGGGACCAAUUCCAUUUAAUGUUGGAAUACGUGCCAUGGACGAUUUAAUACAAUUUUUGAAGAAGAAUCUCUAGCAAGAAUUUGUCUUAGGCUUUUUAAAUUUGAUUAAUCAUGACCAUACCACGAAUUCAUCAUUAAAACAAUUGCAAAAGGCUGUAUCUCAUAUUAUUUAAAAUGUAUACGUAAGCAAAAUUAUGGACGAAUUGUUUUACCACCAGUACUUUAGGACACAAAAAAUUAUUGUUGAUUUUGUUGUAAUAGAGACCUUGAUCCUUGGUGUCAUCUGAGUUUUUUUUUUAUUUUUUUCUAGUACUUUUACUGCACAAAAUUUGUAAACUUUGUAAAGGUUUUUUAAGAUUCUAAGU